CUUCCACGUGUCAUCACCUGCAACCGUUCUUAUAUUCGCUACGAUCUCUGCACUGUCAACGGCUCCACUGUCUUGGACUUCGCAUCCUCGACAUUCUUUACAGUGGACCCCACUAAUGCCAUCCACGUGGAGAAAAUUAAGCCAUACCCGAGAAAAUACGAGGAUUACAUCAUGGGCCAGAUCAAAGAGCUUACUCUAGUCUCUGGCCCAUCAAGCCCAAAAUGCACAAUCCAACACGAGGCUCCGGCCAUUGUAUUUAGUGCGGGAGGGUAUACUGGAAACUUAUUCCAUGCUUUCAAUGACGGAUUCAUCCCCCUCUUCAUCACCAUCAAUUCCAUCUACCCCGAUCGUGAUUUCAUCAUCGUGGUAUCCGAGUACCAUGAUUGGUGGUAUAGUAAGUAUGUCGAAUUACUUAAGGUUUUUAGCAAACACCCGAUUAUCUCCCUCGAAAAAGACAACGUCACUCACUGUUUCCCUUCAGCAACUCUAGGCCUCAUAUCACAUGGCUUUAUGACCAUAGACCCAACAGUAAUCCCAUCGUCCAAAACACUAUUGCAUUUCCGGGAGCUCCUAGCAAAAGCCUAUAACCAAAAUCAUAUUCCCUCUCCUCCCCUAGGUUUAAAACCCGAACGCCGGCCUCGUCUCGUUUUAACUUGUCGAGGUAAUGACGUGUCAUCACGAAGGAUAUUGAAUCAAGAAGAAAUGAUUCGAGUAAUGAAAGAAGUAGGAUUUGAUGUAAUUGUAUUUGAACCGAACCGUUACACGCCUCUUAAUAAUGCAUAUGCAUUGUUGAAUUCCAGUCACAUGAUGAUAGGUGUGCAUGGAGCAGCGCUCACACACGCAUUGUUUCUUCGACCGGGGUCGGUGUUCAUGCAAGUGGUACCGAUCGGGACAGAAUGGGCAGCAGAUGCAUUUUACGGGAGAAUAGCUAAAGGAAUAAAUUUGAAGUACUUGGAGUAUAAGAUUAGGGUUGAAGAAAGUAGCUUGAUUGAAAAGUACGGGAAAGAUAACAUAUUGCUGAAAGAUCCAUCAGUACUUCAGAAGAAAGGGUGGCCAACAGAGAUCAUGGACAUUUACUUGAAGCAACAGAAUGUGAAACUUGAUUUGGUCAGGUUUAAAAGAAGUUUGGAGAAUGCUUAUUUGAUGGCAAAGAAGUUUAUGUAUAAGGAAAGAUAA